ACGUGGAGGGGUAAAGAUGGAAAAGUACGAUUGAAACUGGAGAUGAAACGGUGCCGUUUGGGCUCAAAUAAGUUGCAGAUAAGUGGCAGGAAAGACAUAAAAUUGAAGAAUGAAAAAUCUUCUCGGCGGUCUCAGACUCAAUUAACGGUGGAUCUUUAAGUGGUGGAGAUUGGAGUGGGAAGAUUCACUUGACUUGGAUAUGAUGUAUCCCUGCAAAGUCAAUAUAACAUUGCAAAUAUAUCCCCCAGCCAUCUUUCUGCAUAUGAGAGAUUCCAUGUUUCGUUUGUUAGAAGCACAAAUGCCAUCAUAGAUACCCAAUUCCUCUACAAUCUCAAGGCUUAUGAGUACUUUGGACCAUAUAUGAGUAGUUGAACAUGGGCAUGAAGGGGUCCUGUAGGAACUAAUCUCUGAAAGUAUAUAAGUUAUGAAUUUGAGAAUCAUUCGUGGGGUAAUAGAUAUUGGUGAUGACUUUUCACCUAGGUCAAGGUUUAUCAGUGGAGUCUAAUGGUGAUUAUACUUUCUUGGUUGUUGUCCCUGAUAUAGUGAUACAUCCAUGGCACUAAUAUUGACUAAAGAAAUUCUUGGGCGCAACUGCAUCACUAGAAGGUGUGCAUUGGGAUUCUACGUGGCUUCAGUUAUUCAGAGGACAACCCUAUUAUCAAAUUAUGAUACAGAAUUAGUUGCGAGUGGAAGAUCUAUAAAUUCUACGGUAUCAAGUAUAAGCUAUGAACAGCAUCGGAAUUCAUCUUCCCGAAACUUUUGUACUGCUGUUCAUCCUGAAAGGCUGUGUUGGGAAGGUUCUUCUCGUGCAGCUAUGUUGAAAAGGCUCGAAGUAGCCUUGAAGGAACAUCAAGUGAAUGAAGUGUGGGAAUCAUUUAUUGAUUUUAAAAGGUUGCAUGGCUUUCCUGAGGGUUUUCUUAUUCAUAAGCUAAUUACUGAACUGUGCUAUUCAUCUGACCCUUACUGGCUACAAAAAGCAUGUGAUCUAGUCCUAGUAAAUUUGAGAGAGAGAUCAGACUUACUUCAGUCUGAUAUCCUGACAAAGCUCUCCCUCUCCUUAGUACGCUGUCAAAUGCCUAAGCCUGCUAUGAUGAUUCUGCGAUUAAUGCUGGAGAAAAGGAAUUUACCCCCCAUGAAUGUACUGUGCUUGGUUGCUCUGCAUAUGGUGAAGACUGAGAUUGGGACUCACCUUGCUUCAAAUUUCUUAAUUCAAAUUUGUCAUCACUUCCAAUGCUUGAGAGCAAAGAAGAGUGACCACGCAAAGCUGUUGCAACCUGAUACAAUGAUUUUUAACCUUGUUCUUGAUGCCUGUGUGAAGUUCAAAUUAUCUCUGAAAGGCCAGCAGAUCAUGGAAUUGAUGCCUGCAACAGGAGUGGUUGCUGAUGCACACUCUAUUGUCAUUAUUGCCCAAAUUCAUGAAUUGAAUGGUCAGAGGGAGGAGAUAAAGAAUUAUAAAUGUUAUAUGGAUCAGGUUUCAGCUCCAUUUGUUCAACAUUAUCGGCAAUUUUAUGAUAGUUUGUUGAGCUUGCAUUUCAAGUUUAAUGAUGUGGUUGCUGCCAGUGAGCUUAUAUUACAAAUGUGUGAUGAUCGCAAGUCUCUUCCAAUUAAGAGAGACAAGAAGAACUCACAAAGGUCUUAUCUUGUUCCAAUUGGAUCUCAUAAUCUGAAUUCUGGGUUGAAUAUGCAGAUUUUCCCUGAGCUGCUGCAGAAAGAUUCUGUCCUCAAAUUAGAAGGUAAACAAGAGCUUGUUAUGUAUUUGAAUGGGAAACUUGUUCUUAGCAACAGAGCUCUGGCCAAGCUUAUAACCAAAUACAAAAAGGAAGGGGAUAUUUCCGAGCUUUCAAAACUUUUACUCAAAAUUCAAAAGGAUGUAUGUUCAUUAAGAGGAUCCAGAUUGGGCAAUGAUGUUAUUCACGCUUGCAUUCAUUUAGGUUGGCUAGAAACUGCUCAUGACAUUUUAGAUGACAUGGAAACAGCUGAGGCUCCCAUGGGCUACAGUACCUGUAUGUCACUCCUGACAGCCUAUUACAAAAGAAAAAUGUUUCCAGAAGCAAAGGCAUUGCUUAAAAAGAUGAGAAAGGCUGGUUUGCUUGUAAAUUUAUCUGAUGAGAUGGUUGCCUCGACAUGUCUAUCAGUAGUAGACUCAACUGCCCUUUGUACAAGUGCAUCAAUUUCCACCAGUAAAUCUGAUCUGGCAAAUGCUUUCAUUCAGGAAAUGAGAGAUGAGAAAGAGGAAAUUCCUUCUAGGGUUUAUCAGUUCAAUUCUUCCAUCAACUUUUUUUGCAAGGCCAAAAUGAUUGAUGAUGCUCUAAAGACAUACAAAAGAAUGCAGGAGUUGAAAAUGCACCCCACUGAGGAAACUUUUACCUAUAUGAUAAAUGUGUAUUCUUCUCUAGGAAUGUUCCGUAAUAUCACAUUCUUGUGGGGGGACAUGAAGAGGAAUAUGGAUAAUGGAAAUUUGGUGGUAAGCAGGGAUCUGUAUGAGUACCUGCUGCUGAACUUUCUCCGUGGUGGUUACUUUGAGAGAGUCAUGGAGGUCAUUAACUAUAUGAAGGAGCACAGUAUGUUUGCUGACAAGUGGAUGUACAGAAGUGAGUUUUUAAAGCUUCAUAAGAAUCUUUAUAGGAACUUGAAGGCAUCAGAAGCCAGAACGGAUGCUCAGAGGAAAAGACUUGAAUAUGUUCAGGCAUUUAGGAAAUGGGUGGGCAUUGAUUGAAUUUCCAAGAGAAGCUUAAAGUACCUGGGAAAUUUACUGCAAGAUUCUUGCUGCUGUGCCUUUUGGAUUAUCAAGUGAACAGCGGAUAACUGAAAAGUCAACAGGAGAAUAAAUGAAUUCAACUAUGCAGAUAUGAGUGAUAACCAAAGAGCCAUUUCUGGUGCAUUAUGAGUCUAUUUUCCUUAAACCAAUUGCCUUAUCUGCCACUUUCCUUUUUGGAACAUUUUGCAACAUCGAAGAGAUGGAAAAUGGAGUAUAUAUGCCUCUCACAUGAAAUCAAGUCUUCUAAUCCGGAAUGUCUGGAAGAAGUCUAAUGAUCAUGCAAGCUGGUGCUAAUCAAUCUAUGAAAAGAUAUGUAGAGACACAUCUCGUGUUUUUUACUAGCAACAUAUGUUAAUUGGCAUUAUGACAGUAUGUGUCU